CCCCAUGGGCGGUCGUGCUCUUCCCCCGGAAUCGUCCUCUUGAGAAGGCAGGUCGUUUCGCUAAGCGGAGAAAGCCCCAGUUUUUUCUAAGCGACCCCCGGAGAUCCGGAGAUUCACGAACUGCGAAAUGCAGGUUGCAAGCCCCACUCCCUCUUUAUCAUGUAGGUCGAAGCGCUUUUACCCCGGUUUACGCGGCAGGCAGUGCUGCAGCCGCAAUCGGAAUGGCAGACUACAGUGAUUUCGGAAGCCCCUGCGAGGAUUGGCUCAAUCUAACCCGGGACAACGCCAUUGUACCACCUGUGCCGUUGCUUCAGACUAGAGAACAGUCUCGAGCCUUUCGUGCCGCGGGCAAUGAGGCUCGAUACAGAGCAAGCAAAGAGGCAUUGUCAAAGCUAGGCGGGCUUGGUGUCAGCAUACAGACGGUGUCCAUUCUCUGUCGUGACUUUCAAGAGAUCGGCGCCCGCAUUUAUCGGCCUUCUCCGAGCGCGAGCAGUCGAGAGACGACAGCUGCUUCACUCCAGGAUGGAGACUCGUGCAAAGUCUUGCUCUAUUUUCAUGGCGGUGGCUUCCUCAGCGGCAGCUUGUCGACCGAGGACGCGGUAUGCGUGCAGCUGGCCAACCAUGGCAAUGUCGUGGUGAUCUCGGUCAACUACAGGCACACCCCUGAGUGGACGUAUCCAACCCAAUUUGACGACGCCUGGGCUGCCAGAUGCCAGAUUCUUCAUGAACCACAGACCCUAGGACUGCCCCCAAAUAUCGCCUUGUACGUGGCUGGUAUCAGCAGCGGUGCCAAUCUGGCGGCAAGUCUCACGGUACGAGAGAGGAUUACGGACGAUGUCAAGAUCAAGGGCCAGGCGUUGUGGAUGCCAUGGCUGUGUCAUCCCGACAGUUUCCCAACACACGCAAUCGUCAGCCCCGAGAAAUCAUCCCCAAUCCAAUGCAGAGACGCUCCGCUGCUUUCAUAUUCUUUGGUCCAGGCUUUCGCCGAGAUGCUCCAGGUCGACGAGAAUGGUAUCAGUGACAUGAUCGUCAACCCCUUACUCUGCAGCGGCACAGUGCUGGAGCGAAUGCCACCGACACAUAUCCUGGUCUGUGGCAACGACCCGCUAAGGGACCAUGGGAUGCUCUUUGCGGACAAAUUAGAUUCUGCAGGCGUCCCAGUUCGAUCGGAGAUCUACCCUGGACUCCCUCACGGGUUCGGAAGGAUAAAUGGUCUGAAGAGCAACAAGGCCUGGGAUAACGAUAUGGACGAAGGGUUACAGUGGCUACUGCAGUCUCACCAUAAAUUGUAG